AUGCUCAAGAGUACCCCAUUGAUGACAGAUGGUUGGUAUACACAGGCGUGGUUGCUUUCACCGCGCAUCUUGCAUUGGACCCGGGACGGCCUUGUCUGGCAAUGUCGUUGGGGCAUAUGGCACGAUGGCUUUGGAGAGCCGGGGUUUAAGGUGCUGAAGCUUACGAAAAGCUAUGCAUUCGAAGAUGAGUCUAUUUACGGUCACCUGAUGGAUGCACGUAGAAUUGUGACUGCCCUGCGAGAGGAGGCUUUGGGAGAUCUAUGGCUUAAUGUCGUCCGGUAUUAUCUGGCGGAGCAGUCAGCCCGUCCGUUUGAUCGCCUGGCUGUUCUCAAUGGGCUUGCAAGAUACCUUUCGGAGAAGCAUCGAGUUAGGUAUCUCGCGGGCAUCUUCAGCUCCUGUCCGGCGAAGCCGCUCCUGUGGAAAGGGACAGGCAUAUGCGAGACGGGAAACUAUCCCACAUGGUCCUGGGCAUCCGCGACGGGAGUCACUUUCGAUCGGGAAUUUGGAAUCCCCGCGGUUCAAUGCGUUGAGCAUCGCCGGCUUCCGCCGAUGGACCGCGUGCCUGAUUUUAGCAAUCUUCCUGAGAGGAUUCUGUCUCUUGCAGGCAUGUCUUUGUCUUUCACGCAACACCAGGUGCUUAGAGGAAGCGAGCCCCGAGUUUGGGAGGUAAGGAGUUGCAGUUCUAAGGUGAACUACACUGUUCACCUGGAUGCUGAAACGGAUACUUUCCCCGAACUGGAGGAUGUGGUGUUUUUGAUCCUAAAGCAGAUAGGCUUUCAGCUUGAUUGGUGGGACUGGAAGAUCAAGUACAAAGGCCUGUUGCUGCAGAAAAGAAAGGGUGAGAUGGAUUCGCUCUAUGAGCGACGAGGCUUUGUCGAGUCGAGCCAUGUGGAUGAAGAGGGUUCCAAGUGCCUGAUUGCUGGGCGGUAUUCAGCGGAAAUCAAGGGAAUAUGGAAGAAACCCGAGCGUGGAAAGGAACGCGACCAUCACGUGAUACAAACACUCGGGACCUUCCAAUGA